CCCAUCGGUGCGGAUUUGUCUGCGUGAAGGAGCUGUGUUUGGCUAGGGCUCUGUCUAGCCAGGGCACACUUCUGAUCCUGUGUCCCUGCCUGCAGACCUGGAGUGAUUUAGAUACAGUGUAGCCUGAAUAGGUUUCUUUAAGUGCUAAAUGCAACUUUGAAAAUUACCUGCCAGCUCCAACUGAUCUUUCAACUUUGAAAGUGAAGAAUUACUUGAGGAAUUCUUGUGGUUUCUUUGUCAUUUAGUGAGAGCCCAGCCAGCUACUGUGAAGGCAAGCGUCCCCGAGGUUGCCUACAAAGGGCAAUGUUCCAGUGUGUUUUCUCCUCGAGUAUGCUUCAGCCGCACAGGACUUCCUGUUUAUUCAAACAUCUUUUUUACCACUCGGCAACCCCCGCUUCACAGAAACAGCCAGAACCCAUCUACAGCAAGAAGACGGAAAUCCAAAGGCAGACAGUGCGAGCUCUCUCGGUCAAACUCUUCAUUUUCUCUGCACUUCAAGUGGCAAGACAGCUCCUCCUCCAGCAGCAACAGCAGCAGCAAGUCAGUGGAUUAAAAUCUCCCAAGAGGAAUGACAAACAACCAGCCCUUCAGGUUCCCGUGUCAGUGGCUAUGAUGACACCUCAAGUUAUCACUCCCCAGCAAAUGCAGCAGAUCCUCCAGCAACAAGUGCUGAGCCCUCAGCAGCUCCAGGUUCUCCUCCAGCAGCAGCAGGCCCUCAUGCUUCAACAGCAGCAGCUUCAAGAGUUUUAUAAAAAACAACAGGAACAGUUGCAGCUUCAACUUUUACAACAACAACAUGCUGGAAAACAGCCUAAAGAGCAGCAGCAGGUGGCUACCCAGCAGUUGGCUUUUCAGCAGCAGCUUUUACAGAUGCAGCAGUUACAGCAGCAACACCUCCUGUCUUUGCAGCGCCAAGGCCUCCUAACAAUUCAGCCGGGGCAGCCUGCCCUUCCCCUCCAGCCCCUCACUCAAGGCAUGAUUCCAGCAGAACUGCAGCAGCUCUGGAAAGAAGUGACAAGUGCUCAUACUCCCGAGGAAGCCACGGGCAACAAUCACAGCAGCUUGGAUCUGACCACGACAUGUGUCUCUUCCUCUGCCCCUUCCAAGACCUCCUUAAUCAUGAACCCACAUGCCUCUACCAAUGGACAGCUCUCAGUCCACACUCCCAAAAGGGAAAGUUUGUCCCACGAGGAGCAUCCCCAUAGCCAUCCUCUCUAUGGACACGGCGUUUGCAAGUGGCCAGGCUGUGAAGCAGUGUGCGAAGAUUUCCAAUCAUUUCUAAAACAUCUCAACAGCGAGCAUGCGCUGGACGAUAGAAGUACAGCUCAAUGUAGAGUACAAAUGCAGGUUGUUCAGCAGUUAGAGCUCCAGCUUGCAAAAGACAAAGAGCGCCUGCAAGCCAUGAUGACCCACCUGCACGUGAAGUCUACCGAACCCAAAACCGCCCCGCAGCCCCUGAAUCUGGUGUCAAGUGUCACACUCUCCAAAUCUGCAUCAGAGGCUUCUCCACAGAGCUUACCUCAUACUCCGACGACCCCCACCGCCCCCAUCACUCCCGUCACCCAAGGCCCCUCCGUCAUCACCACCACCAGCAUGCACACGGUGGGACCCAUCCGCAGGCGGUACUCAGACAAGUACAACGUGCCCAUUUCUUCAGAUAUUGCGCAGAACCAAGAAUUUUAUAAGAACGCGGAAGUUAGACCACCAUUUACAUAUGCAUCUUUAAUUAGGCAGGCCAUUCUCGAAUCUCCAGAAAAGCAGCUAACACUAAAUGAAAUCUAUAACUGGUUCACACGAAUGUUUGCUUACUUCCGACGCAAUGCCGCCACGUGGAAGAAUGCAGUGCGUCAUAAUCUUAGUCUUCACAAGUGUUUUGUGCGAGUAGAAAACGUUAAAGGGGCAGUAUGGACAGUGGAUGAAGUAGAGUUCCAAAAACGAAGGCCACAAAAGAUCAGUGGUAACCCUUCCCUUAUUAAAAACAUGCAGAGCAGCCACGCCUACUGCACACCUCUCAAUGCAGCUUUACAGGCUUCGAUGGCUGAGAACAGUAUACCUCUCUACACUACGGCCUCCAUGGGGAACCCCAGUCUGGGCACGCUGGCCAGCGCGAUGCGGGAAGAGCUGAACGGGGCGAUGGAGCACACCAACAGCAACGAGAGCGACAGCAGCCCGGGCCGAUCGCCGCUGCAAGCCGCGCAUCCUGUCCAUGUCAAAGAAGAGCCCCUCGAUCCAGAGGAAGCUGAAGGGCCGCUCUCCUUAGUGACAACAGCCAACCACAGUCCAGAUUUUGACCACGACAGAGAUUAUGAAGACGAACCGGUAAACGAGGACAUGGAGUGAACGUCUGGGCAGGCCGACCCCAAGAGUGAAGAUUGGGGGAAAAAAAAAACACACACACACAUACACACACACAAAACAAAACAAAAACACGUCAAAAGUUCGCAGUGAAAUCGUUCUCCAUUUGUUGUACAGUCUGGAGGAUUUUUCACUACAUUUUGACAACUCUGAAAUGUGUUAACUCUUAGUGCCAUCAGGAAUCCCAUUUGGGAGUAUUUUUGAUUUUUCUACUUUUUGUUGAAAAAAGGAAUUUGUACUCUGUGCAUUGGACGGACUCGUUUGGUACUUGGGAUUUUCCUCUUUAACAGUCAACAUCAGUGUUGUAAAUUUGCUAAACUGAUUCACUUUUAGCAGCAGACUCUGAACUGCAGUCCUGCCGACGCUGGACACUGAGGACGCCCAACUGAGCAUGCGCACCUAAGCUGCAGACCAAGCCUCUGCCCAGAAUUCAAGGAUUCCAGGGGACGACCUGUUUGCACAGUACUGCAUGCUGAUUAUCACUGCCUUUCCUCCUUUUUUUUUUUUUUUUUUUGCUUCCAGUUGGGAUGGGGAAGGCCUUUGUGUGUGUAUUGGGGGGAGGGGUUAAAAAUAAUUAUCCCAAACUUUUUAAUGUAUUGCUUUUUUUUUUUUUUUUUUUUUUGGCUUCUACUAUACCAUUUUAAGUUCUGACCUCAGGCCUCCAUUUGGGCCCAUGGCCUCUUGGAGGCUUAAAAGUUUUCUGUACCUUGUGAUGAAUGUUAAUAGGUGUUUUUAUUAUACAAAGCUGAAUGUCAUUUCUCGUUCGUAGUUUUCUGUCACUCAUUCCAUUUUCCCUUCAGACAUCACCACUGUUUUCUCGAAAGUCAGAAAACAUUCCGUUUUGGUCUUUUUCAAAAAAGGUCCCAAAUGCUGCACUCUACACAUGAAGGUUCUCUCACCCAGACGCAAAGUCCUGCCAGAAAGAGAAUGAAUGACAGAAAAAAAAAGAGACACUUUAGGAACAAGACAGAUUCAUUCCACGAAGCAGUAUUGGAAGGUGGGAAGGGGGUUGUAAACAGAUUUUCUUUUUUUUUUCUUUUUUUUUUUUUUGGAAACUACCAUCAUCCUUAACAAACACCACAGCGUUUACCAGCACAGGAAACGUGCAGCAAGCCCCCGCCCCCCCCCCAAAAUCUCACAGUAGUUAAACUGGCGGUGUGGCCCUGGGGGGCUCUCCUUGCAGUAACCGAGUUGAGAUGGGCCUCAGGCCCUCUCGGUCCUUAAAACCAGCAAGGGUUGCUUUGUUUGCAAAAUGACCCAAAAGCUGGCUUCCCUGAGCAACUUUGCUGAAAAGCGGUGGUGGCACUGAAUUGAAACAUCCAUUCAGACCUGCUUGGUGGCAUUAAUCUGUUUGAAUGCAAAUUAGAUUUCGGAUUGAACUUGUGAUGAGAGUUAAUGAGGACCGGGUUCAGCUAAUGCUACAGUGUUAAUUUCCAAUGUGCAAAUUUGGUACAGCGGGUCAGUGCGUUAUGCAAUAUUACCCCACCAACCCAGGAUCACAGACCAACAGCAGAAGACUUCGGGGGGCACAUCCCAGCCCUGGGCUUUCUGGGGAAACAAGCACGGUGUGUAGAGCGCGGCGGUCAGGGCUCAGUACAGCCUCAGUCCUUUGAGCCCCUGACGCCUCCACUCUGCACCCUCUUCCCUGUCACUCGCUUAUUUAUCUAGGGCUGUAGCUUUUGUUUUAGUUGGAGAGCCUCUGGAGCUUAAUUUAUAUGCUUUGUACCUUUUUUUCUUCCUAAAAUUACCAAAGAUAUUACACAAAGGUAAAUUAUGUUCUCUGUUUUAUGCUUUAUCUGAUGAAGCCAAAUAUCCUCUUAUUGUUGAUCAAAGGAGGCGAAAGAAUUUAGAGGCAAUUGAUGAGAAAUAGGCUAUUGCUAACAUAAGAAAACUGCUUCUCUCACCAUAGACUACAUUUAGAAGACCAAGUAGGUAAUGGAACCAAAGUUGUUACUUUUUUUUUUUAGUUGUUAUUGUUUUCUUUUUCUUUUUCUUGUUUUCCUUCUGUACCUCUACAGAGACCAAAACUUGUAAAGAGAAAUUACGGGGCUACUGAAGACAGAAACAGGACACAGUAUUAAGGGAGCGAACGAAGGAGUACCAUCUCAGAGAAAAACCAGUGUGUGGCGCUGAAACCUAGGGGGUGUCCAGUGAAGGAGACAGUGAAGGUCAAGUUCAGGGAGAGCAGCUAAAGCUUCCGCAGUUGACCUAGACCACAUACUAGUCCUUCUACAAGACAUUUCUUUUCUAAAGCCGGAUUGGAUGCCACUUCUGUUUAAGGACUGUGCUGUGAUCACUGCGUUAAUUUGGGUUCACCCUGGCAUAGAUCCUCUGUGUUUCUGUUUUUUAAACAUGUUUCCUUUUUACCCUACUUUUUAAAAGAUUUUUUUUCAGAUUAGGCUUGGGUCGGCAUUUCUUAUUUAAAAAAAAAAAAAGUAACACUCCCGUCCACUCUCGAGCUUGGUACAAAACCUUCUUUGGCAGUUACCUUUGAAGCUUCUCUCUGCUUUCUAUAUAAAGGGCAGUCUGUGGUCACUCGAGACUUACUUUUUUUUUUUUUUUUCUUUCACUUUUCCAGGCAGCUUCAUGAUGUGCAGGCAGUAGCCAGACAGGGUCAUGGGAAGGGGGCCCUGUGCUUCUAAACUGAGUGGUUGCUGGUUAGUUUGGUAUUCAAAAGAGGAUAAAAAUCUGGUAGAUUAGUUCAUUCUCAGCAUGUGUAGCUAGACAUGAGUAAAGUUAACAGCAUGAGAAACUGUUAGUACGCAUACCUCAGUUCAAACCUUUAGGGAAUGAUUAAAAUUAAAAAAAAAUACAUUUCACUCAGUUGCACUUAGUCGUAUGUCUUGCAUGCUUAGUCUAAAGACUGUAGCAAAAAGAAAAAAAAAAGAAAAAUUAGAUUUCACCUAUCUUUGCAGGUAUCACAGCCUUGCAGAAGAACCAACUUAAAAAAAAAAAUUCUCAGGCUUUACCGCAAGCAAACUUCACUCUGAUUUUUACAAUUCUGAUUCUGUAUCCCUUGGGGGCAUUCCAGUCUCUUCUUUAGGAUGGGCUUUAUUAUGUUGUACAUAUAUCCCGAGGUGUCUGUGUGAAUCUUUGUCUUUUUUGGGGGAGGGCAGAGGGCAGUUCUUUUUUUAGGUAUUGUUCCUAAAAAGGAAUAAAUGCAUACACCUGUUUGUCAAAACACCUUUGCUUUUUGUGCAACUGCUUUAUAUUAACGAUACUUAAAAAAAAAAAGCUUUGAAAAAAAACUACUGUAUGUAAUGGAAUUGCAGAGUAUGCUGCACAUGUAUUUUAUUUAGUUAUUCUUGCUUUAAGAAUAUUGGAUGACAUUUCCUGACAUGUGGGAGGGAGGAAGGAACUCCCAAAUUUUUUUUUUUUUUGCCUUUUAAAUUGUAACAUAGUUGACAGAUUUUUUUUUCUUGUUUUCAUUGAUCAGAGCAUCUUGUACAGGUUUUUUUUUUUUCUUUUGGUGUGUGUGCGUGCGCGUGUGUGUUAAUUUGUUUUUUGAUACAUUCCUAUCCCUUGCGUUUAUCCUGCCACUGCCUUCCUUGGCUAUCUUAAACAAGUUCAUACAUUUGAAAAGAGGAAAAAAAAAACUGUUGUUUUAAAAAAUGUUUUCUCCUGCUGCAGUAAAUAUUUUGCAUGAUGAAAUUCCAGGGUCACACUUUCAAAGUUUAUCAGUGAAGUAGUGAUUACUAAUGGGGAGUGUCAAAGCUAUGGAACUUUUUGUAUAAAAAAAAAAAGAAAACUUUACAAGGUGCCAAGAUGUACAGACAAUUUGUUACUUUUUUUUUUCCCCAAACAAAAGCAUACACUAGGGAGACAGUCCCUUGUAUCAGGCAAACGCACUGUCAGGAAUGAGGACCCAUCCUACUUGUCUCUAGAGUGUCCUUGUCAGACAAGUUACCGCUGCGUACGCUGAACCAGCAGUGACAGGAAACAUCAAGGCUUACGCACGGGAAGAGUGACCGCCAACCCUGCCACCUUCGGACCGCUCUGACCUGAUUCCCAGCAUUCCAUACGACCUAGAAGACACCUUGGAUUCUUGACCCAAAAUAUGAUGUAAAUCACUAGCUAUUUUAUGAUGGAAAAAGAAAAAAGAGUUGCAAAAAUAUUUCCUCUCCUUUCCACAUUCCAGCUCGAGUCUGUUUCCAAGCGCAAGAAGAACAUACUUAGAAGGAUUUUGCAUCUUUGGGGUACCUUUUGGCUAAUGGUAGACCCUCUUGACAUUUUGGAUGUUUCUGAGAGUCAGUUUCGCUUUUUUAUCCUGAGAAUGAGACUUACCAAUUCCAAAGGCAUGUUGCGGGGUGCAGGUCGGUCUCGGCCACCCAGAAGCCGGGAGAGAGCUGGUACACCCCAGACUGUGAGCGUGGUGCUUCGUGGAUAUGUGCUGCCAGUAACAAGAUUUCUUUUUUUUACUUUUGUUUUGUUUCAAUAAGGCAUAAAAGAAACUCAUUCCUUGACAUCAACUGUAAUUCCAUCAUUCCGUGUCUGUGGAUACAGACAAUAAAAAAAAAA